AAGUUAUUUAAAGACGACACCGACACGCUCGUUUGUUGUGACUGGGAAGUCGCCUAAAAGAAUAGGGGGGAUGCGAGGUUAAUUUUAAAGUAGUCUUUCUCUGAAGAGUAACGUUAGUCUUCUACAAACCAAAAUGUUCGCCGGUGUCCGAGUAUCGCUUCUCCUCCUGGUUCUUCACACACUAGCUCUUGCUGUUGUAGCAAGAAGAGGAAGGAAAAAUGUCCUUUUCAUCAUGGCAGAUGAUUUGCGGACAUCACUGGGCUGCUACGGGGACCCUGUGGUAAAAUCCCCAAACAUUGACCAACUGGCAUCCAAAAGUCAAGUUUUUCUCAAUGCAUAUGCACAGCAAGCUGUGUGUGCUCCCAGUCGUACAUCCAUGCUAACCAGUCGCAGACCAGACACGACCAGGCUCUAUGACUUCAAUUCCUACUGGAGAGUCCAUUCUGGAAACUACACGACCAUGCCCCAGUACUUUAAAUCUAGGGGGUAUUUCACCAUGUCUGUGGGCAAGGUGUUUCAUCCAGGUAUUCCCUCUAACCACACUGAUGACUACCCCUACAGCUGGUCCAUCCCUGCCUACCACCCGGCUUCGCUUAGAUAUGAGAAAGAAAAGAUGUGUAAAGGAGAGGAUGGCAAGCUCCAUGCCAACUUGCUGUGUGCAGUGAACGUGACAGAGCAGCCUGGGGGAACCCUCCCUGACAUGGAGAGCACAGACGAGGCGGUGAGGUUACUGAAGAGUCGGGCCAACGAUGACGUCCCUUUCUUCUUGGCUGUGGGCUUUCACAAACCACACAUACCCUUCAGGAUACCACAGGAGUACCUGAGGCUAUAUCCCAUAGACCAAAUGACUCUAGCUCCUGACCCCAAUGUCCCUAAACUCCUUCCACCUGUUGCCUACAACCCCUGGAUGGACGUGAGGAGGAGGGAAGACGUCCAAAAGCUCAACGUUAGUUUCCCAUAUGGACCAAUUCCUAAAGACUUUCAGCUGCGCAUCCGUCAGCAUUAUUACGCUGCUGUGUCUUACAUGGACAGUCAGGUUGGGCGGCUGCUCAGUGCUCUUGAUGAGCUGGGGCUGGCUGAGAGCACUAUGGUGGUGUUCAGCUCAGAUCAUGGUUGGUCGUUAGGAGAACACGGUGAAUGGGCUAAAUAUUCUAAUUUUGAUGUGGCAACACGCGUCCCUCUUAUCUUCUAUGUUCCUGGCGUCACCACAAACCAUGAUUGGUUGGGAGGGAUUACCUUUCCCUUUAUUGAUGUCCUCACCAAAGCGGAGCACAGCUUUAAGAAUGACAAAGUAAUAAGAAACGUGGUGGAGCUGGUGGAUGUUUUUCCCACCGUCUCCUACCUGGCUGGCCUCAGAGCACCUGAACCUUGUCCUGAUGUUUCUUUCCAGGUGGAGUUGUGUACAGAAGGAGACAACCUGGCCUACACCUUCCGACACAGAGAAAGAGGGGAGGAUGAGGAGGCCAUAUCUUUCAGCCAGUACCCUCGACCUGCUGAUACACCACUGGGGAACUCUGACCUCCCUGACCUUAAAGACAUCAAGGUCAUGGGGUACUCUCUCCGCUCCUGGGACUACAGAUACACUCUCUGGCUUGGAUUCAACCCUGAAACAUUUCAGGUGAAUGUGUCUGAUGUCCAUGCUGGAGAGUUGUAUAUGUUAGCGGGCGACCCCGGGCAGGACAAGAACAUCUAUAGCGACUCUGACCACAGUGUGAUAAUGAGAAAGAUGGCCAGCCUGCCGCACACUGUGAGUCUGCAGAUGAGAAUGAGGCUGCAGCUCCUCUACCUCACAGCAGGGAUGAAGACAAGUAGAGGGAAGGCGUUAUGACGAAAAUAAAACACAACAGAUGGACGGACGGAGACGAGUACAAAGGGAAGAUGGAUGGAUGAAAAACUUCACCUAGAAAGGGAGGAAUGCCUUGAAUAUUUCUUUUAAUAUAAACCAUGCUUGAUUCAGUGUUCUGGGGUAUUGCUAUUAAUCUUUCAGGCUCAGUUGUUCAGGCUAAUGUUCCUUGUUAAGAACUCAUUGGCAGGCAGAUCUGGUUUCAACAUCAGUAAAGUGAAUAAGAAAGCGUUUGUGCUGUUUCUACAAAGACGUUCACCCUUUAAAGGAGUUUGUCAAAAACAAACUAAAAUUAAACAAAGAGAAGCAUCUGUAUCUGCACAGAAGCUUCUCACAGGUUUGUCUUCCUGCAGCUAAACGCAGCUUCCUCUGGCCUCUUCACACCUGCCAGUGACGUCUGUGUAAACCUGAUCAUUCGGCUGCGAGAAGGAUGUGUCAUUCUAAUUUUACAUCACUUCAAUUUUAGCAGCCAGUCGACAGAUUUCUGAUUAUUCACAGCAGAUAAAAGGAAGAGUCUGACGUGUUGGCAGCCACACUAGCUUUUUCCCCCUGCUUCCAGUCUUUAUGCUAUGCUAAGCUAAGCUAAUAGCCAGUGGCUCAAAUUUAGCAUAAAGACAUGAGAAUUCGGUAAAGCUUCUAUCAUGUGUGCAGAUUCAGACUGCACACACACCUGAGCAGCUGAACCAUCACCCCUUCUUUUUUUUUUUUUCAAGACAACUCUAUCAGGAAGCUGAAUUGAGUGUGUGAUUGACACGUCUGAUUCGCUGUGACAGCACUGCCUACUCCAUGAAAAUGAUUACAUCACACUUUACAAGCCGUUACCUGCCAAGAAAUCUUUUCAUCCGAAGGAAUAUUGAGAAAACCUGAAGAAUUAGCUCUUUUGAUUAAUGGCGACACCGGUUUCUCUUUUUGGAACAAGUGCUCUUGAGUGUACUAUUGAUCAUCCCGUCUGCUUCAGGUGGCGUCUCUGUGCUUUCAAGUACAACAGCUGAAAGGGAAUUACACAGUUUUGUACUGUAGUGUUAAACAAUAUGACAUUUCUAUUUGCACUUGAUGUCACUUGCAGCUAUUUGCCUCCCUCCUUGUAAACAGUCAGUUCAGAUCAAUUUGUGAACCCAAAAUGAAGUGAGUAAAAGCCACCCGUAAUUCAAUGCAAAUGAAACAGAGUGUAGCUACGUUUUACUGCUGUUCCACUGCAUGAACAUUUUGUGCUGUGGCAAUUUAGAAGAAAGCAAUUACAGCUCGAAUUCCAGGUCCAACAAUGAAGCCAGUACUGCCUACAAUAAAAGUUGACAGACCAAAUCCCCCCAUGGUAAUGGGAUGCAGAUGAAUCAUGUAAUCAGUGUGGUUCCAUCAUGUGUCAGGAUGUUGACGACUUCUCAAGAAGUCGCCCCAUUUUUUGUGUGUAUUUCUUCCCGCGUUGACCUCAUUGCAUUCGUGAUGGUUUAUUUAGUUUUUACUGUGCAUCCUGGAACAUAUUGAACGUCUUAAACAUCGGAUAUAACCAGUAACAUAACGAGUCCACACAGAUACUGACAAUGCAAAGAUCAGCUUAUCAUUGAGUUUGGCUGCGUUAGAGCAGCCUCGAGAAGACGAAGCUUCAGAAGGGAAAAUAAAAAAUAAAUGCUGCAGAAAUAAUUCAAAUCUCAAGCUUGGCAAGGACACGCUGUUAAUAUAUUUAUGUCUGUUUCGAUUGGUUUGUGAGAGAAAAAAAAUCAAGUAUUUUUGCAGCAAAAGUUGACUUUGUGCUUUUUAGUAACUUAUAAUCACAACCUCCAGUGUGUUUGUGCCCGUAUUCCUGUGUGUCCUGCAGAAACACUGCACACUUUGCUGCCUGUCCACACACACACACACACACACACACACACACACACACACACACACACUCACACACUGUGUUGUAAGUCAUUUUCUGCUCACCCACAGCAGGCGUGUAAAGCUGCAGAGUAGUGAGAGAGCUCCUCGGGGACCUCUCCAGUCUAUUCUGUGUUUUCUCUCCUUUCUGCCUCCUCUGGAGCAGAGAAUGCGUACAGCUGCUCUCUGACGCUGGAAGAAUUUGGACCUGGCUGAACAUUUCCUAAUUUGUGCAUGAUUCCACAGUCAGUCAAUCUGUCUGGGCAACACAAAUGGUUAAAAGCCUUGUAAUUGCAUUUUGAAAUAUAGUAUGAAUUCAGUCUCAUGCCUUUUGAGUUUUUUUUCUAUUUUUUUUUUUACUAUUUUUCAAUUUCUGUGCAAUCGUGCAGAACCGUGUGUUGAACUCGGCAUGAAGUGAAGGCUUAUGCUACAAAUGAAAAGUCAAAAAAUUCCCAAAGACCAGGGAGGCACUUGACAUCUCUCCCCUGCCAAUUUCACCUCUUCCAAUCACUUCUUCCCUUCUUUUCCCUCCAUUCGCCCCCCCCCCCCCCCCCCCCCCCCUUCUCAUCCUUUGAACACAUCAGCAUUCAUAUUUACCUCACAUGUUGCAGUUCUACGUUUCUUUCUGGGCUCUUUGUAACUUUAUCUUUGAUAAAUACAUGUUUGACAUUAAAAUGAUUUUGUUGGCCACAACACUGAUAUA